UAGUCUGUUGCCAAUCAAAAACAACUACCAUUUUUAGAAAUGACUUAAAGGAAGGUUUUAAUUUAAGGUUUUAAAAAGUCCAUACUACAGAGGAAUAAAAAUAGCAUAUCAAAAAUGUAAGGUAUUCCACAAGCUGUCAAUAACCUUAUAUUAUGGGGGCAGAUUUUUUUUACAAUGCUGGCACAAGGUUUGACCACACGGUGGCAGCAGAGCAUUACAAACUGAAAAAUGUAGGCCAGUAGAUAGCAUCAUCAGAUACUGUGUGCAUAAAUCGUAAGCAUAAUACAGGUUUAGAAUUCGUCUGUGUGGAAGUGUUUCCUCAGAUGAAUCUUGCAGCCAAUAACACACAAGUUAUAACUUGGCCUGAAAUGUGGAAUUUACUAGCCUGCUUGGCAAUUUACUGGGUAUUACACUCAUAAGUACUAAAACUUUAAGACUGGCCAAGUAUAGCCAGGUGGUCAAAAUCCUCAUACAGUCAUUUAGCCAUGGGGGUUCCAAAAAAAAAAAAAACAGCUAGGGGCAGAAAAGCCCCCCACAGUGCUUAAAGUCCAUCCCAAGCCCACCCCACCCUCCUCUGUGUGUGUCUGUCCCCCAGCCCCCCAGCCCACACCCUCCACCCACCCACUCCACCCCCAUUUCUGAGACACACAGACAGGGACAUCCAGCCUUGGCUCCCCUUAUAGCCCAGGCUGACAGCCGUCUGUAGCUCAAAUUAGACUUCAGUCAGAAGCAUUGAAGACAGGACAUGACUACUGAGCCAAGCUUCGGUGAGGAAAAAUAAAUAAUAUACUCCAGUUAAAAUAGUUAGUGCAACCAUUCAACCUUCCAUACUUUAUUCACCUUGUAACAUUACACUGGUGAAUUGUUUUGCAUGGGAGUAGCAUUGCAUAUUGCAUUUGUUGUACAAAGUAUGUAGGCCUAUUGUGUGUCAGUUAUCCAUAACAAUGUUGGCGUUUCGUUCUCAGCAUGUAACAAUAUACUGUCAAAAGGAGCCAUGCCCUUGCAGCAUAUUCACAACCAACUGUUUUGACAAAAGUGCUGCUCUUGCCCCAAGUCGUGGAUAUUUUGAUUUAUACCAUAUAUCCUGUUAUUCAAGUAUUUCAAACAGCCGUCUUUGUUUUACUGCUCAAACAGGAACAUGUGUGAGGUGCAGUCAGAGGGUAUACGGAGACGGCCAGGCCUGUCAGGCCAUGGGAAAGCUCUACCAUGACAGCUGUUUCACCUGCAGUGCCUGCAGCCAAAGGCUACAAAAACAGCCUUUCUACAGUGUGUCUGGUAGACUAUUCUGCAAAGAUCACUUCAUGUACUCUGAUGCCCAUCAAUCAUCAGAGAGCUGUAAUUCAUGUGGCUUUCUAAUUAAGGAUAUGGUCCUCCAGGCCAUGGGAAAGUCCUACCACCCAGCCUGCUUCUGCUGCACAGUCUGUCACCAGAGUCUAGAGGGGGCACGAUUCUGCCUGGACUCAGCAAACAGGGUGUACUGUCUCAAAGACUACCACAGAUAUGUAGCCCCAACCUGCGCAACCUGUGCUCUACCCAUCCUGCCCACUGAGGGAUCAUUGGUGACAGAACGCAUUGUGUCCAUGGACCGAGAUUACCAUGUGUAUUGUUUUCACUGAGGGCCUGGGGUAAACAUAUAUAAAAUAAACAUCAUGAAUGCAAUUAAGGAGAGGAAGAUCACAAUCUUCAUGGUCAAAUGUAGGCCUAACCAGCUAUGUCCAAUGUGGCCAAAAGGCUUGAAGUCUUGAAAUGUCGAACUUUAGACUCUUCUAUCAUGUAGAGAUUUUCAUGUAUCUGUAUUUAAUCCAUAUCUGUUAACAAUCACCUUGUAUGGACUGACCCAGGGGAAAGGAAGGGGAAUAGUUCAUCAGACACCUGACACGCUUGACAUGUCAAUAUGACCCUAUUUCUACUUCCUCCACACUUAGAUUGUCUCACAACAGGUUGUCUCAUGGCCUGUGCAAGUGACAGCCAGCGUAGGAAGAUGGACUUAAUGACAUAUUAUCAACAUAGGCUCAUAACAGUGAGAUAAAAACAAGUUCUAGGACAUGUCAGACCCAAAUAUGGGCAGAUUUGGCCCAGAUUGGUGAUGAAAAUUCCUUUUAGAUAAAAUAUGAUCAUGACACUUGUGUGGGUGAGCAGGGGUGGGGAAGAAGUUGUUGACAACAGAGCAGAUACAAGAAGUUGAAAAGUUCCGUGUCUGACAAACAAUUAAAAUGAGCCAUCCCGACUCUGGGUUGAGAUGCAGGACAGCAAGUUAAAGGGAAAACCCCAGAAGGAUCAAAACAAUGAAAUCAUUCCUGACCUUUACAAGGCGGGGGAUAUAGCUAUACAACUGCAUGUUGUUAUGCUUGAUUUUUAAAGGUUGAAGAUGGGAGAGAAGAUGUAUAAAAAGACUGCUUUGCACUUAUCUAUCAUACAUACUCAACUGUCAUAAAUAUCCUUUUAUCAAUAGAUCUUAAAGUCCAAAAUAAGUUGACAUUUGGGGUAUGGCUGACAGAUGUCCAUCUGGGGGUAUUUAUGUUUCAUUGCCUUGGUAAGGUGGGAAUUUCCUGAGAGAGUUGAGAAAGUUUUGGCCUAUGUCAGUUGCUUCAUGAACCAGCUCAGUUUAAUGUAACCUGCCUGUGGUACAAUAAACAUCCAAUAAACAUCAGACUCUGCAUUCUCCUCUGAACACAACUCAUUACUUCUUAUAGAAAAGACUUAAAUGUACAC